GUGUCCUCAGACGCCCUCGUCCCCCUUACCAUAAUCAAAGGCGCAGGCUACGAAUUCAUCGCCCUACCCGAAGGCGACAAUGCCACUGUCGCAGAUUUCCACACAACCCACACCCGCACCACCACAACCCCCACAACCCUAACCUCGGGCUUCUACAAAAUCACCGCGGGCCCUGCCAAACCCGCCUCGUACACAUUUGAAGAAUCCAAAUACGUGCUCAGCGGACAAAUCGACGUGCUGGACUGUGCAACGGGUAUCACGCAUCAUUUGGUAGCGGGGGACUUUGCAUUUUUCCACGUGGGGUCAAAAGUCGAGUUUUCGACGCGGAGUGCAGGGAUGGCGUUUUAUGUUGUUACGAGGGGGAUGCGGGUGGAGCAUGCGGGGUUGAAGGGACGGGAGGAGAAGAGGGCGAAGUUGUAA